AUGAUGCGGGCAUCUGAUCUUCCGGAGAAGUGGAAGGCUGGACCUGCUGAAGUCUACACGGGCCUCGCGCAGAAGUCCUACUACCUGAUGAAGGAGAAUCCCGUCCUGUUUGACGUGACUGUGGAUGAAGACCUCGAGAAACUCCAAGUCGAGAAAGAGGACGAGGAGAAGCAGAAGAAGGACUUGGAGGGCAAUGCAAAAGAGGACACGUUGGUGCUGAGAAAGCGGAUUGAAGAAGUCAAGAUGAACGAACGCAUUCGUGCUGUCACAGAGUUGCUAUAUUUGAAGGUGUGCCGCAAGUUUCAGCAGCUGCAAGUACCCUUGAUACCUCAGUUGAAAGAGGGUGGCGAUGUGCGCUUCGGAAACGUGGAUCUCAAGGGUCUCACCACGGACAUCUACUCUGCAGAUGCACUGGAGCUUGUGCGGGACCAUCUCUUCCGCAUCAUUGGGCAGCAAGGAGGCAACCCUUCCUUCGCUGGAGGAAUGGGCGUUGUGCAGAUUGCUUUGUUUCAAGCUGGUCAGGUUUAUGCAAUGUCAGCGAUGUUUGGCUACUACCUUCGCCGCGUCGACCAAAGGUAUCAACUUGAGAAGCUGGCAGGGACUUUUGGCGCCUGGGGUGAAGAAGAGGCAAGCGAGGAAGCUUCCAAUCCUUUCUCACAGGAUCCGGGUGCCGCCGAUUCCCUGAAGGGAUACAUCAGCUCCUUCGGGCCCGACGAAGUACAAAGCAUGUGGGCGGUGACAUCUGCAGAGGCACAGCUGGCCAUGGAAAUGCAGGUCCAAGCCUUUCGAAAGGGUUUGUGA